ACAAGAAAACAUUACUUUAUUUUCAACCAAGCGGUCACGACGCAUGCAGAGGGAAGAACUAAACCACAUUUCACUUUCACAGCCUUGGGAAAUUAAGAUCAGAAGUAGGCUAGCUAACUAGCGCAUAUGCCUAAACUAAACCUCAUCAGAUUGUGUUUCUGGCUUUGUCUGGCGCGAACGGUGGUCUCCCGAGAUCUUAAAGUGGGAGGUGAGCUCGUGUUGACGCCGGACAAGUCCACAGUGACUGACCCCAUCACAAGCAUCCUAUGGAAGCAUGGGAAGAACAAGGUGGCAGAGUGGGACCAGGAUUUUGGUGGUCUGGACAUCUAUGGUGCCUUCAAAGAGCGUACAACCCUGGACCAGACUACUGGAGAGCUGAGAAUCAGUGGAUUGAAGAAAACAGAUAGUGGAGUUUAUUCUGUGGAGUUUAACAGCAAACUGCUUGACCAGACAUAUACAUUGUUUGUUAUCAAGGCAGUCCCCAAACCCACCAUCACUUCUUCCUGUAACCCAGACAAAACCUCCUGCACUCUGACCUGUGAGGGCGACACCACUGAUGCUGAACCAGUCACCUACAGCUGGAAACAGGGAGAGGGGUCGUGGGAGGACUUAGACAAACAGAUGAAUGUCAAUAAGAGUGACACUGGCAAAUCAACCAACCGUUACAAGUACAUCUGCAAAAUGAAAAACCCUGUUAGUGAAGAAGUCAGUGAUCCAAUUGGACAAGGGUUUGGUCAAAAGGCAGUCCCUAAACCCACAAUCACUUAUACCUGCAGCACAGACAAAAUCUGCACUCUGACCUGUGAAGGCGACACCACUGAUGCUGAACCCGUCACCUACAGCUGGAAAGUGGGGGAGGGGGCGUGGGAGGUCAUAGGAAAAUGGCUGAUUGUCUCUAAGAGCGACACUGGCAAAUCAACCAACAGUUACAAGUACAUCUGCAAGCUGAAGAACUCUGCUGGAGAAGGGGAAGUCAGUGAUCCAGUUGGAUCGGUGUUUGGUCCAGAGCCUUCUGAAGUCGGUGGUGGUGGGAUUGUUGCUGUUGUCGUCAUUAUAGCCAUUGUAGCGCUUGUUGCCGUCAUAACAGUUUGGUUGGUGUGGAAGAAGAUAAAAGAAUAUCCCCAAGACACCUGGAUUGACUUUUUGAGAAAGUAUUGUGGUGGAAUGUGUGCUAAAGGCAGUGACAGAGUCCAGCCAGAACAAGGGGUUCCGUUAACGCCCAACACCAAAACGGGGGAAGAUGGUGCAGACAAAGCUGGAAAGGGGCCGGGGAAUGAAGAAGCCAACCUGAUGAUGGAGUCGAAAGACCACCAGUAAAGAAUCCAGUGUUGUAGGAUGCUGGUGGUCUUCCUGGUGGGGUGACUGAGGACCAGAAACAUGGGGUUUGAAGGCUCUCAGUACAUGACUCCAUAUCUGUUACAUUGAGACAAACGACCAAAAAGAGAGAAACAUGUUUUUGAACUGUUGGAGAAAUUUUAAAUGAAGGAAAACAACAAGCAAAUAUUGCACAUAGGAACUUCCAUGCAGUCAGAUGAAGUAUAGUGAGCUACAACGUAUUGGCACAAUGACAUCCUUUUGAUGUUUUGGCUCUGUACUCCAGCACUGUUCCCCGGGCGCCACAAACUUGGAUGUCGAUUAAGGCAGGCCCUGCACCUCUGAUUCAGAGGGGUUGGGUUAAAUGCGGAAGACGCAUUUCAGUUGAAGGCAUUCAGUGACUAGCUAUCCCCCUUUCCCCUUUUGGAUUUGAAAUGAUACAAUGGCUAUAAAUGUUAUAGUGCAGACUGUCAACUUUAACCCAAUAUGGAUGAGAAUACCCUCAAAUUAAAGCUGACAGUCUGCACUAACUUUUUUAGGGUAGGGGGCAGCAUUCGGAAUUUUGGAUGAAAAGCGUGCCCAAAGUAAACUACCUGCUACGCAGGCCCAGAAGCUAGGAUAUGCAUAUAAUUGGUAGAUUUGGAUAGAAAACACUCUAAAGCUUCCCAAACUGUUAAAAUAUAGUCUGAGUAUAACAGAACUGAUAUGGCAGGUGAAAACCUGAGGAAAAUCCAUUAUUUUGAAAUGGUUAUUUUUCCAUUGAAAGCCUAUCCACCAUUUAAAGGGAUAGGACUCAGAUUCCCUAUGGCUUCCACUAGUUGUGAACAGGCUUUAGACAUUGUUUCAGGCUUUUAUUCUGAAAACUUAGGGAGAAUGACCACUGUGUCAGUGGAUAGUGAGAUGGCUCCAGAGCUGGUUACUGCGCACGACCGAGAGUGCGCCUUGUUUUUCAUUUAUAUUGACGACGCUAUUGUCCGGGUUGAAAUAUUAUCGAUUAUUUAGGCUAAAAACAACCUCAGGAUUGAUUAUAAACAUCGUUUGACAUGUUUCUAAGAACUUUACGGAUACUAUUUGGAAUUUUCGUCUGCCCGUUGUGACCGCAUUUGAGCUAUUGGAUUACUGAACAAAACGCGCCAACAAAAUGGAGGUUUUUGGAUAUAAAGAGGGACUUCAUCGAACAAAACAAACAUUUGUGUAACUGGGAGUCUUGUGAGUGCAACCAUAUGAAGAUAAACAAAGGUAAGUGAUUCAUUUUAUUGCUAUUUCUGACUUUCCUGACUAAUCUACUUGGCUGCUAACUGUUUGUAAUGUUUUGUGUGCUGAGAGCUGUCCUCAGAUAAUUGCAUGGUUUGCUUUUGCCGUAAAGUCUUUUUGAAAUCUGGCACGGUGGCUGGAUUAACAAGUUGAGCUUUAUUUUGAUGUAUUGCACUUGUGAUUUCAUGAAAGUUCAAUAUUUAUAGUAAUUCGAAUUUGGUGCUCUGCAAUUUCACCGGAAGUUGUCGAGAUGGGACGCUAGCGUCCCACUGUUGCAUAUAACCUCAGUCAUUGUAUCAUUUCAAAUCCAAAGUGCUGGAGUACAGAGCCAAAACAACCAAAAAAGUGUCACACUUCCAAUACUUUUGGAGCUCACUGUAUAAUGUGAUGAACAGUGUGCUUUAUGAACUUACAAAUAUUGCCCUCAUAUUUCUGAAGUACUGUAUCUCAGAACAUUUUGAUGAUGGACAAAAACGAGAUUCUUAUACUUUGUGAGGUAAAUAACUUUUUGGAUGCUUACCCUUUCUCACUGUUAUUGCCUCGUCUUUACAAAUCGGCAUCAAUAAUGUACAGGUUGUUUGAAGCCAUAGUAUCUAUCACUUUAUUGUAUGAUACCUUUUUUUAAAUGUCUUAAAUCAUUUCAUAAUUCUUAAAGCCUUCACUUGAUUUAUGUCAAGGAAUUUGUACAGCUUGUUAUUGUUUUCUUUCUCAGAGUAGUUUAUGCCAACCCCCAAACUAGGAAAAUGUAUAGUGUUGGUUGAGAGGAACCAGGCCUGAGAGGUAGAGCUUGUCAUCUGCCUUGUAAAGAGGGAGAGAGCUCUGCAGUACUGAGAUGUUGUAUUGUAUUACUAAGAGAGAGCUCUGCAGUACUGAGAUGUUGUAUUGUAUUACUAAGAGAGAGCUCUGCAGUACUGAGAUGUUGUAUUACUAACAACAGUGCAUGUGUAUUUGUUUUAAUACCUUUUAAUAUUUUAAUUUGACAAACAGUGGUUGUCUUCAUCCAAUUCCUUCAAAUUACCCUCUGGUAUAUCUGUUUUCACAAUAUACAUUGUCACCUGGAUUUUAAUAACCUUUCUCAAAUUACAUCAAUCUGUGACGGACCGAAGUAAGGGGAAACAGCAGUGUACACUAGUUGCCACCAGAUAGGUAAGAACAUUUGUUUGGCAAGACCACUAACCUGGUUUAUCCCAGGUUUUAGUUUUGUUACUGGUAUGUCUCAGGUAAUUAUGUCACAGAAGAAGUUAUGAAUUAAGACCAACCACAUUGCUUUAUUUUAGGACUGGACUGUUCUAUAAUGGAGUCCUGGCACAUGCAAAAACAUCUACCUGUACAAUCAUUGUAUAUAUCUCUCUUUAAACUCCAGGUUUCACGCUGUAGUGAUGUGUUGAUAACUGAAUGCAUCUGAACACUAAUUCUGUUUCAGCACCUUUGUCUUAAGAAUGUAUUUUUUUCAAAACUUGAUUGGUGAGGAAGGUCUGUAUAGGGCUGGGCUUGAGCCAUCAUCAACAUGCAUAUCCCUAUCUGAAACCUGAAGAACUGUGAAUACUGAGUUAGGGAAAGGGACUAGUUAAAACUAGACUUUGAUCAGUCUCGUUGCAUGUACUGGAAGUACUUCUUGCCAAACGGAUCACACCACAGGACUGACGAUUCCUAAAUCAACUGUCAACUCCUGAGACAUGCUGCUGUGAAAAACAAAUGCACUUGAAAGUGCAGUGUGUUAAAUAUAUUUUAUCUGCAACAAUUGAAUUCCAGCCUGCAUGUACUGCCAAUAUUUUGAAUUGUGAUAUUUAUAUUUUUUCAAUGAAAGGAGUUGCGUUCUAUAUGGGAUUUUAUUAUAAUGACCUCUGACAGUGAUUAAAAAAAAUUAAAACCUGAUUGGUGAAAGCAAUAUAAUGUAUACAUGAUCUGUAUGUGUAUGUGCUUACAUGUUUGUUCCAGUUCUUGCAGUGUUGUCAGUCUGUGCCCCUAUAUUAAAUAGCAGAUUAUGUAGUGCCUCACAAGCAUU